AUGCGUGUGUCCCAAGUGAUCCUGUCCUUCUGUUGGGUCUACAUCAGGAAGUACCAGAGCCGCCAAGAGAGUGAGGUCAUCUCAACCAUCACUGCAAUAUGCGCAUUGGCCAUUGCACUGAUAACCUCUGCACUUCUUCCAGUGGAUAUAUUCCUAGUGUCUUACAUGAAGCACCCCAACGGUACUUACAAGGAGUGGGCAGAAAACAAUGAGACACGAGGCCAAAUCGAAGACACUGUGCUGUAUGCUUAUUACUCACUGUACUCCAUCCUCCUGUUCUGUGUCUUCCUGUGGAUCCCCUUUGUCUAUUUCUAUUAUGAGGAGAAGGAGGAUGACAGCAUCAACAAGUGUUCACAAAUGAAAAAUGCUCUGAAAUACACAAUUGGAUUCAUCAUCGUCUGUGCAGCACUGCUAUUAAUUGGGGCCUUCAUUCCUCUUGAAGCCCCACCUAAUCAGAAUGGUACCCAGUGGGAGAAGAUGCAGUAUCUGUUUGAGGAGCUGGGGAACAACCAUGGUGUACCAGCCCUGUCUUUCUCCAUCAGCUCCUUGACCUUGAUUGGCAUGCUGGCAGUGAUCACUUACACGGUGAGUCUGUGUGUGUUUGUGUGUAGACCCCCCCCUCCUCUCCUGACAGAGACCCCCCCGCUCUUCCCCUAA